UGUUUAGUGGGACGCCCGCCCGCUCAGGCAGAAGACGCGCGUUCAACUUGCCGCCAGCUCGCCGACCCUUGUGCCGCUGUGCCGUGCGACGUCGUGUGUGUGACGGUGUGUUUACUACUCGCCUUUAUCCCAGCCGUUCGCAAGCACGGCGGACCGUGAGUCUCAGCACCGACGCCCGAGCGCCGCCGGCAGUGCUACUAGCAGCCCGUCGCUGCAUGCCGCGCGUUGGCACCGCUGCGCCCUCGCAGCGUCCACAACGACCCGUGGUGUGGCCGCGUAGAUGGAGGUGUUCGGCUGCUGGCCCACCACCACCAAUCGUACUGCCCCGCCCUGUUCGUCGUCGGUUCCCCGGAACUGCCGCCUGUGUAGCUGCCCCAUUCAGCAACCGCCGCCGCCGCCCAAAUUUCAGGAGGACCCGUUGAGCUUCGCCAAGGAUUUGAAAGACUCGUUGAACGCCCUGCAGCGAGCGGAGCAAGCGCCGCCGCAUCAGGCAUCGCCCGAUAACCGUUGGCUAGAGGAGGAACACUACUUAGCCAGCCGACGUGUGGGCUGGGGGGCCGCGUUCAACAGCAUGAGUUGCCUGCAGCUCUCCAACUCCAUCCUCCAGAUGACCGCCAGAUCGUGCGGCAAGGCGAGCUCGUCGGCGGCUGGCUCCGACGAAGCGUCCUCGGUGCGCCAGCUGCUGCUCAGCGGCGGUUCGUCCUCGUCCAGCCUCGGCUCCUCGUCGGCCCAGGACAGCGGCUAUGGGCUGCCCUUCUGCAUGGACGAUGACCAGACGACAGAGGCAGCCGCACCGCCAGAGGCGGCGCUGACGUUUCACCUGCCGGACGGGGGCACCCACCGCAUGGUGGUUGAGGAGAACCUCCGCUGCAUCGACCUGUGCCAUCUGCUGACGCUCAAGCUGAACGUGGCCCGAUCGCCCACCUGGACGCUCGUCGAGAGGAUCGCGCAGCCGAGGAUCGAACGUAGCCUCGAAGACCACGAAGAGGUUCUCCAAGUGUAUGCAUCCUGGGGAAAGAACAAGGAGCACAGUGGGAACAAUUUCUACUUCCGUCAAGACUUCAGGAAAUAUGAGUUCUUCAAUUCUCCCCUGCAAUUCUUCUCUCUGGACAUGGUGGAUCUAGGGCCUCAGCUGGACUGCCUGGCAGAGUCAACCGAUCUUGCAAAAUUGAUUACCCUGCAGAACAUCCUAAGCCAAGGCGAGCGUUGUCCUGUGGUGCACAGCCUGCUGUGGUACCGGGAGCCUGGGAAACAGUCCUGGAAGCAGUCGUACUUCCGCGUCGAAGACGGAGAGCUCUCUGUUCUCCCAUCUGGACGCAAGGACGAAACGUGGCAGCUGCAACACAUUGCCAGCCUGAAGGACUGGAAUAUCUAUGUGCCAUACGACAAGGGCCUAAGCGGACCAACGGCGUUCCAGUUCUGUCUGAAGCCCGUGAGAUCCAACGGCACCGGAAGCAGCGAUCUAAUGUGGUUUUGCAGCAGCACAGAACAGCAGCGCCAGUGCUGGAUCAUUGCUCUCAGACUCGCAAAGUUUGGGAAGAAGCUGCGCGAAAACUACAAAGAACUACGGUCUCGUUACUCUGAGCACGCAUGGGCCCCAGAGCCCUGCCGGGACUCCAUGAGUUCUCCCUGGGUUGCGAUGGACUUCACGGGAAGCAAGGGGCGAGUCAUCGAGGACCCCCAGGAAGCAGAAGCUGUAGCAGCAGCCGAGGCCCACAUAUGGAAGAGGAAGUUGCCCUGCUGCCGGUCAGGUCAGGCUUCGCCAACAACAGUGCCACAGCCGAGCGGGCCUCCACCCCACUGGGCAGGUACACCGGCUACGGCUGAGCUGGGGCUGCAGCAUAUGCAGCCCUGGUUCUACAGUAGCAUGUCACGUGAGGAAGCCACCCAGCUGCUGCUCAAGCACGGCACAGUCGAUGGCGUUUUCCUCGUCCGGCAAAGCCUCACCAAGCCCGGCUCUUAUGUACUCUGCUAUGUGUACCGGGGGAAGGUCCACCAUGUGCAGAUAAUCUCCGUGGAAGAGAAGGACCAGCUGUGCUACUCUCUCGACAAUGGCCGCACCAAGUUCUACGACCUUCUGCAGCUGGUCGAAUUCUACCAGCUAAAUCUGAGCUACCUUCCCACCAAGCUGACACACUUCCUGGUGCAUCAGCCCAACCGCAAGUGCACACCACCCUCCUCCUCACCAUCAGCAUCCAGUCCCUUCAAUUAACGAAGAGCCCAGUCACUAGCAAGCCCAUCGUACGCCUCGACCCUGCCAUCUUGAAACAUGGACGACUUCCCCCAGCGGACAGUGUGGUGUGUUGUUAAGGGUUGGUGUGACUUACGCUUAUGCGAGCUUGACAACCACGUGCUGUGCUGUGUUUUCUCAAGGAGGGAGAAGGAAACGCGAGUGUGGCUGAAGCUGCGCAGGAGCAGAGGCCAUUUGCACAGAACCCCCGACCAAGUUUGUUCACGAGCGCCGCCAUGGGACGCUGUAAAGCAUCGUACUUGUGCGCGCAGCAGGACAGUACAGAAGAUGCUAUGACAUGUUUCCUCUCCUGUUUCCCAUUUUUUUUUUCUCCAGUUUUUAACCGAGGCCCCGUUUAUUGCCUCAUCCUUGUUUCGUACUAGUUAUUUAUUUGUGUCUCGGCUGGCUGCCUGGCUAGCUGGGGUCCCUGUCAAUGACACCAGGGGAGAACUCUAGAGGUGGUUUGAUGCUUCCCCGCACCUCGCCUUUUUGUUUGCUCGUCAUCUUUUUUCUGGUCAUCCAGCACCGUUCUCCUUCUCCUCCUCUGUUGAAGAGUGUGAGAACAUUGUCCAAAGAAGUCACUGGGCUUGCACAAAUGUCUGAGGUGUCUUAUACAGGUUGCUAAGCCGCGUGAAUGUCCGGCCAAGCUAAUCAAGAUGUUAAAUGUGCACGCAAUUACGCUCCAUAUUGACCUGGAGAAGCCUGACUUGUCUCUCCUACCCACCUGAUGCAAGUCUUUAUAUGUUUGCAACUAGCUGACAGCAGUAAACCAAAUGAAGCCUGCACUGAUUUCUUUGUCAAUUCUGUCACAAGAACUGUGUUCAGCCUAUUUAAUAUUUUGUCCAGAGUUUUUUUUUUCGUAAUACUUACAUACCAGGCGAUGUAUCAGUGAGAGCACACCUGUGAACAACACACAGCUCACGUGCUUGUAGGGUGCUCAUACUCCUUUAUCCUACCUCCAACAACACAAGCUGUCACACUGCUGCGUAUUGUUGCACCCGAUACUUACAUAUAAUGACUUUCUUGUAAGAAAACCAUAAAACCGUAUCAAAAGACUUUAUAAUAAUUUGCAUAUCGACAGUUUGAAGGUUUCUCAUUUGCAUCUUAAUUGUACUGGCAGGGCAGAGUGAAACCUAGACAAAGCUUAACUCCUGUGCUGGCAGAUGUGCACCUGUAGAUUGCUGUGCAAAACCAGUAAGGCUGCUUUUCGGCAGGUGCAGGGAACAAUUGCUUUUCACACAAGCUGUUUCUCAUUGUACUGAUCAUAUGUUCUCUCAGGAAUUGCCUAAAAAAAAAAAACUGAUGCGUGUGCGACAUUGCAUGAGAGAAAGCCCCUCUUUGGGGUCUUGUAAGAACAUCUGCUGCUGCUGUAAGAUGAUGUCCAUUUGUUGGUGCCGUUUAACAAAGCAGCAAUGUAACUGAUGCCUAAGUUGCUGGUGCCUGAUGUUCUACAACAGUAGCAAGCUUUAAAUAAUUCUUUUUAAAGUACCUUAUGGACGAAUUAGUAAAAGAAAUUGUUCCGUUGGAAAUUGAGCUUAAUGUUUUUCCAUGCAAAAAGUGCAAAAUAUCAGACAAGUUUUAUUUUGCCUAAAUCAUUUUGUUGACCCCUCGAGGACUUUUUGUCUAGCCUUUUCUUCAAAUUACAGAUGCCAACUUCUAAUGAAGGUACUACGAGAUUUCUUUUCACAGGAUACUUUGUCCAAGAUGCCCCACCUUCUCUACUGCAAGUGUGUCCUAAGGAGCAGUGUUCACUAUGCACAAAGAUGUCUACGUUGUGUAAAAGGCGAUCCUCGAGCUAGCCUCCAUUUGUGGCUCUCCGUUUUCCUGGUGUCUUUGAUGCUGCUUCUUUGGGUGUUCCUAACACGUGCAUACACACUGGCAUGUGAGUUUGUAUAUACACAUUGUAAAUUUGGUGCCCAUAUGUCAUGUUUUACUGUGAAAUAUUUAACUAAACUAGAUGCCAGAGAACAUGUAUGUAUGUGUGCGUGUGUGACGUGUCUGUGUACUUAAGUUAUGAUUUUUUUCAGUGCACAGUUUGAAUAUAGUUUGCUUACAUGUGCAUUUUCUGUAACCCUCAGUAAAACUCUUUGCUGUCUGAGUGUCGCAUGAAGUGUUGGACAAUAAUUCCAGUGCAGCCUCUGUUAUGGCUGCAUUUGGAUGUCUCCAAUGUCUGCAUGUAAAUGGACAUGUCUGUGUGUGGUUCCACACUAUUUCAUGUGUACUCCUGUAAAAGGCUGCGAAGACUUGCAUGAUUAGAAAUACAUCCAGCUCACACAACAUAUUGUACGAAUGGCAGUUUGUAUAUACCCUGAUAGAUUUUUCUCAUUUCCUUUAACUAGUUGUAUUGAUAUUUCUUUAUCAUGUUUCUGUCAGUUCACUAUGUUAAAACAUAAGUUAUUUCGAUUCAUUCACUUGAGUCAGGAUAUUUAAGAAAUGUUCCUAACGUAUUGCGAAAAAAUCAGCCUGUUUUGCAAAGUAACACGUAUCAUUAGCAUUUUGAACAACUCACUGUGGCUAAUUUUUAUUAUAAAAGUAUACUGCUAUAUGUUGCCAACCUCCCACAGGUUUAAAGCAAGCAGUACUUCUGAUGUCUUCCCAACUCAAACUGAGCAAAGAUGGUAGCUGCAAAUGCUGGGAUCUGCCUUGGAACUUUUGAGUGGUAGAUUUUUUUUUUCUCGUAAUGGCGGGUGGCAUGCAAGGAUGAUAACUGGAACACAUUAUGUGAUGUGUGUGUAGCUGGAGCAUUUUUUCACUGUCCAGCACUGCCUCAGUUUCAACAGUGAAACCUUGUCGGGUAGCGAACCAUUCUUAUACGCGUUUAUUUAUAAAGGCAUUGCUUGAUUGAAUGAUCUCAUGCUGCUGCCAGUCAAGCUCAUUCUUUGUCAUUCAAGUUGUGUGUUUAGAGAAUGGUGGCAACACGUUCAUUGUCACAACACUUCAAAGUAUCAUUUAUCCUUGCCAGAAUGUUUGGUCGCAAUGAGAAAAAUGUUUCCUGAAAAGCGUUUCCUUUUGCUUGGCCUGGUUAGCUGUGCAUAGUAUUGCAUUAUUUCCACUUGCAUAUUUCACUAGUGACUGCUAUCCUGAAUGUAAAGAGACUGAAAAGUAUCCAAGUCGAGAGGCCUUUCUUGUCACAUUCUUAAGUACAGUUCCACUCAAUUGACUCGUGCCCUAUUGUCUCGUACUGCCCACACUGCUCAAAUUUGUUCCUGAAUAAAAACCACACAAGCCCUAAUUAUUAGUGUGAAAGCAUGAUGCAGAAAAAUAUUUUGCAUCACUGCACUCAUUUUCUCUUUUUAACCAUUGAAUGAUGUCUUGUAGCAUACUACUAUAAAUGUUGUAUGUUUGCUGGAGUGUGCAUAGUUGGAACACGAUUCAGUGUGCUUGAAUCUAUUUGCAUGAUGUGCGUUUUCACAUGCGAGUCCCAUCGUUACCUUCCCGUCAAAAGUGUGCACACUGUGUGUGCUUCACCGGCAUAUUGAACAGCUCUAACGAAGACUGUGGCUCUGCUGUGGAUUUUGAUUAGGAACAUGUUUGUAGCCAUUUGUCCAGGUUGGUGAGAGGCAAUGGUGUGAUACAUGUACUAGUGGUCAUUCAGCAAGCAUUGAGGCUGGCCUCAUUUUGCUGUUUGCAUCUGGUGUGAGCGCGCAUGGCCGUGCGUGCCACUACCUUAUUUCUAUAGAACUUCUUGACACAUUUGCUCGUUGCCUUGGUUGUCUUAUGCUUCAGGCGUCCACUUUCUUUACUGCUGGCAUAUUUGACUUCACUGCCCAUGCGAUAGUGCAUCCCUGAUGCUAGGUCACCAUGCCGGAGGGUCAAAUUUGUGGCAAAACUUAGGUCGGAGCAAGAGUGUAAUUUGAAUACAAUGUCUGUCUUCUUCCCAGAACUCCCACUUCUGAGUUGUAGCAUAUUGAAAAUAUGUGUUCUACUCGAACAUUGUUGUGCAGCUGUAUUUUGUAGCAAGUCUUUUCAUUUUCUAUUAAUUUUGUCCUUUCCGGCCCUGUCACCUACACGGUUGGCCACUCUGCACGAAGGAUGAUGAGGAAUGGAUGAAAUUUGAGGAAAAGAUUGAUUGCGAAAUUCGGCUACAGUGCAGAUUUUUUUUUCUCUGCGCAUGCUUUGGUUGUGCAGCUUGUAGCAUUUAAUCCAUCCGUCAUCUAUGAUCUAUGAAUUCUUACGUCUUAAAGAUCAAGUGAAUCUUCUGCUGGUGUAGCUUGGCAUUCAGAAGUCCAACUCGUUUCACUGGGAAGGAAGUUAUCGAAAUAUUCUGAGGAUUCAUGGUGUAGUGCAUAUUCCAGCUGCACAUAUGUGCAAAUAAGUAUUGCGAGCACGACAUACCAGGCUAGUUAUCAGUACUGUUCCAACAGAACUGAGCAGCUACGUUUUUCUAUUUCAUCUGCCACAAGUACGACCGCUGCAGCUUGAUGCGCAUAUUCACCUACGUGCCACAUGCAUGCGGCUCGGCCUGUUUCAUUUGUAGCUGUUAAGAAAAUGUGUUGCUUAGUCAGCUCACUUGAAAAUACUGGGGCUUGCACUGUGCUCACUUUAAGCUUGACUUCACUGUCUGCUGCAGUGAAACUACACUGUCAAUAGACUCUGAAAAAAAAACUAAACCUUCCAGAGAAAACCUGGACAAUUAAAGUCUGAAGAUAUGCAGAUUUAUACGAAAGCAGGACUGUUGCAUUCGCUUGCAGACAUAACAGGGUUCCAAAAUGUGGCCGAUAGCAACGAAAUCCUUGGGCAUGCUUAACCCAGAAGGAAACGCAGCUUGUCAGCAUCUGCCACUCUCUCAACUUGCUAUUUUGAGGAAGAAAUGCUCUUUUUUUUCUUUUUUGUGUUAGCACAAUCACGCGCACCGUUUUAGUGAAUAACUUUUUACAGGGAAUGAGCAGAUAACGAACAGUUUGCUCUGCCUUGUGCCGGGGUCGCAUCUGUUCCCAAAGCGUUUUAUUAAACAGACAGGUAAAUGAUGUGUCUUUGCAAGAACAAGGCAAAUAUGCAAGUCUUGGGAGUCGUGUAUAUGUCAUUUUUCGGAAUGUGCCCACUGUCUCGAGUGUUUAUUUAUUGCGAUUAUCAUGUUGUGUCGUUCGUAUUACGUUUUGUGUUGCUAUUUGAUGAAAAAAUACAGUAAACCAAAAAACGAAAUGUGAGUCUAUGCAAUAAAAAUUUGAGUAUUCACAGC